CGCGUAUUAAACAAUCGGUGUAAACUAGGCCAAUGCAUACUUAUGUGAACUAAUUAAUUUUCUUGCAUAUUUCUCUGCGCUAUUUUUAUUUGGAUAUACCUUUACGACUGAAAUUUUUGUUAUCACGUUGUUAUGGACAGUCGAAUUAAGUAAUGCGAUUGGUCGAAUCCUUACGUUAUGGUUACUAUUACGGUUACGGAAAGUGUGUGCGAUCGGCUUUAUUCGAUGCAGAAUCAUAGUGGUCACGAAUUUAUUUACAACAUUUGGUGGUUCAUAUCAUUUAUCGAAAAAAUAAAAAACUAUAUGCGGUUAGAUAGUGGAGAUGACUAACUGGAAACUAAAAUUAUCUAAUUGUUUGAUAAUUGUUUGGUGGUGAUCGAUAGCCUAAUUAAAAUGUUUAGUGCUACACUAACGCGCAUACGCGAAAAAGGAAGCUCUGAUCGAAACAUCACUGCUCGCGAAUUCCAAGCAGUUCCAAAUUCCAAAUGUGCGAUCAGCUGUUCACCUGAAAACAAACCCAAGCAAAAGAGAAUGCUGUUGCAUAGGGUGAAAUCUUUGUUUUAUGGCACGACAGCCUUUAAAAGAACGCACACACUAUCCAAAUCGUUUCUCCGAUCAUCGAUAACCACACCAUCCGGAGCAAUCCUACCCGAGCCAAAGAGAACUCCGUUCAGUUUUCUGGGCGUUGUCAGCAGUGUCGUGUUCGGUCUCCUGGUCGGUGCCACGAUCAGCAAGAACGUUGCCAACUUUUUGGAGGAGAACGAUCUUUUUGUUCCCUCUGAUGAUGACGAUGACGAUGACGAUGAUUAAUAUAACGUCAGCAUUUCAUUCCAUUGUAAUUGAAAGUAAUCAGCCGAUUAGACAUGCUCUUAAUACUAACGAGUUAUUUGAUGCUACAGUGAUACAAGAGAAGAAAUUAUAUAAAUUCAAGCAAUGCAGGAAGAGAAAUCUCUUUGCUUAUAUAAUUUAGUCUUCAAUUAAUAUUCAUAAAUUUUUGAAUGCGAUAUUCAAUAACCUGCUUAGUAUUGACGUUUUAAUAAUAUUUAUUUGUGCAGGUGUGUAAAGGCGCAUAGCAUAAAUGUAUAAAGUUUGUGAAAAGACUCCUUUUAACACUAUACAAAUGAAUUUUAUCCUUCUUACAGAAGAUUUAAUGUUUCUCUACAAAAAAAGAAGAGAAAGAAAAAACUUCACUUCUUUUAAUAUUAUAUAACACGACGAUAAAGUUUGUAUCACAAUUCAUUGAAUGAUUUUUUUAAAUGUGUACUAUCAUGUUAUCUAUCUGAAACAAAACUAUAAGAAAUAAAAGCAAAUACACUAUCUAGUCUAUAUGAAAGAUCAUAAAUACAUGUGCAUAAAUAAAUAAAUAAGUUUUUUAUUGAAUACACAGUAUAUAGAUUAUAACAAUUAAGGCAGAUAUAUGUGUUCUUUUUAAUGUGUAAUAAAGUAGAAGAGAAUCUUGUCACAAAGAAUCAUCAUGUGUGGAAUUCCAAAAUACAUGUAUGGUAAAAAAACUAUGUGCUUGCAUCAGUUAAAGAAUCAGACUUAACCAAAAAAGUGUUAUUAAUAAAGAAAAGAAUUUAAUUAUA